AUGUGUGAUGAUUCUCGUUACAUUUUGGACGAGCUAUUCGGCAAGGAUAGAAAUGUGGUAGCAAGCAAGAGGAAGAAUGAUUAUCACUAUUGGAAUGAAGAUGUGUGCAAAAAUAUCUUGGUUUCCAAGUGCUUCAACGACCUGUGGAAGCAUACCAAAUAUGAUCAUGAGGGAGAGUGCAGCAAGAGACACGACCAAUUCUUCAUCAAUGAGUUCAGUUGUGACAGGAGUAUCAAAAAGUAGCAGAGAGAGAAGAAGUACAUUGAAGAGGCAAUAGCUUACAUCCAAGACAAGUUGAAGGAAGUCGACAAGAUCUUAACCAAGCAUGAAGAAUAAGUUGAAUAAUCUAGUAAACUAUAAGUAGCUGAUCGACCCAAAGAGAUCCAGGAUCGACUUGACAAUAUGGAAAGAUAGAUCAAUCUAUUGACGGAUUAGAGUGAGAAGAUGGGAGAAUUAGGUAAGAUUGAUGAAUCUGAGAGAUUGAUAACGGAAGCAGAUAAUCUUAAAAAAGCCAGAGAAGAUGUAUUACUUGCAUAUGAGGGUACAAAUAACCCAUUUAAGACUUAUAAAAUCUGUGAAGUUUGUGGAGCUAGGCAAUCUCUCUAUGAAACUGAGAAUAAAGUCAAGACUCAUUUAGAUGGAAGAAUUCAUCAAGGAUUUUCAACUAUCAGAGUUGAAUUAUAAAAACUAUAAUAAAGAAGAUUGUAAUUAGAGAAGAUUUUGGAGGAAGAAGCCAGGAAAUAAGAAUUUAAAGAGGAUAUUGCUAAAGACGAGAAAGAAAAAGAAAAAGAGAAGGAGAAGGAGAAAGAAAAAGAGAAGGAAAAAGAGAAAGAGAAAGAAAAGGAGAAGGAAAAAGAGAAGGAGAAAGAAAAAGAAAAAGAGAAGGAGAGAUCUAGAAGUAGAGACAAUUCAAAAGAUAAGAGCAAGAAAAAAAGUAGCAAAAAGAAAAAAGAUAAGGAGAAAGAGAAAGAGAGAAGCAAAUCUAGAAAGCAUAACAAGUAAGAAUAUCUAUUAAUGAAAUUUAGGAAACACCAUAAACAUUGAAAUAUUUAAACAUAUUUCCAAAUUGUGUAAAAUUUUA